UCGACUUUAGUCAAUUUUAUCGAAACCCAUUGUAUCGAUUUAAUAAGUUUUUCCCGAUCGAUAAUUCAUUGACUAUUGAUGGUGAUUAACGUGAAGGGAAAGGUGGUGUUGAAGAUUCCAGCUGAUAUGUUAUAUUUGCAGUAGGUUUUGGAACAUAUUGAAGACGUCCGAUUGGAUAGAACCUUUGUUGAAAAGCCGCGCCCCGGGAUGAAAUGACUGUCUUUCUUUCUUUUUCGCUGUAUAACAAUAGUGUGAGGUAGAAAAUUGUAAAUGUUAUAAGCUCCAUAAGUAGAUAGUAAUAAAUAAUGGAAACGACAAGUGAAAUAGAGACUUUCGGCGCAAAAUCGGACGGUGAAAACGGAGAUCUGAAUUCAAGAGUCAAAGGCUUGUUGGAGAGAAUUGAGAAAUUAGAGAAUGAAAAACAACAAAUUCGUGAGGAAUUUGGACAUCAGCGUGCCAAGAUGAAGGAGCUGUAUUUACAGAAGGAAGAGGAACUGAAACGAGGGGCUGCAGAUCAAAAUUGCUUGCUGGCAGAUGUUAAAAGACUAAGCUCAGAAUUGGAUGAGGCAAAGAGUCAGUUAGUUGUUGCAGGAUUCCGUAUGGAGAGUGACUUACAGGAUGAAAAGCGGAAAUGUCAAGAAGAAAUUGCUUCUCUUCAGCAAAUUGUGCAAGAAACAGUUGAAGAAUCAAGUAGCUCUCGCAGCAAGUACGAUUCUGAAGUGAAGCGACUCAAACGAGCAAAUGAACGACUAGAAACACAAAACCUUGAGUUACGAUCGCUGUUGCAGCAGCAACAACAAGGGACAACUGAUAAAGGGGAAAGAGAAACCCCAAUCCUUGCACCAGGAGUUAUGCUUUCGGCUGUGACAAAGACCUUGGCUCGAAAAGUUGUCAGUCAGCUUGGUGCCGAUGCAUCUUCAUUGUCGCAAGACAAUAUGGAAGAUAGCAUGCGGAAGGCACAAGAGGAUGCUGAAGUUUUGCGAUCCUUAGUCAUUCCUCUUGAGGAAGAGAUUCGGGCACUCAAAGAAAAGCUACGCUACACAGAUCAACAGCUCAGAAAAUAUGAAGGUGACAAGGAUGAUGCCAUGAAAUUCUCUGAAGAAAUUGGAGAUUUAUCAGUUAAAGAAAUUGUUUCUGUUGGUGCUCAAAAUGGGCCAAGUGUUGUAUCACCUAGUAGAGAUCCUGGCAGUACAGUGAUUCAAUCAACUAGUCUGGACUCAAAAGUUCAUCAGUCACAAGCUGCAACUGGCUCACCAAAAGUAAAUGUAAUGAACACUUCAGUCACAUCGAUAUCUAAUCUAAAUGAACUUCAGGUUGGUAGUUUGAAGAAGCAAAGUCCUGAUGGCCAUUCUUCUAUUGCAGAGGAUUCAGAAUCAGUGACAGAUAUAGUGAGCAAGAAAGAUGGUGAGAGUGUUGGUUCACCAGUAAGCCAGGGUCAUCUCUCUGCUAUUGCCAGACUGCCGCAAGCUGUGACACCUUGUGACAUGUGUUCCAACUAUGAGGCUCAACUUGUACGAGAACGAACUGUGGAGAGAUAUCGUGAAGACCUUACCAAGGAAGCUGACUUUCGAAAAGAUAUGGAGGAAAAGUGGAAUGAAAAGAAGGAAGAACAUAAGGUUCAGGUUGCAGAAUUGAAAAAGAAGAUGGAAACUGCAGAGGAAACGUUACAAGAACUUAGACACACAUACACACAAGUUUACAGCGAAGUGAUGGAUCAGCUGACAAGUCUUACACAGCAACGUGAACAAGUGCAGGAGCAGCUUAGCAAACUUCAGAAGGAGAAUGACAAUUUAUUAGGGAAACACAGUGCCCAUUCUCAGCAACUGCAGAAUGAAAUGAUAAAUUGGCCUGACAAAGUGGAGGAUCUUCAGGAAUUGUUACUGAAGUUUCAUGAAGAACUGAUUGCUGCCAAAGUAGCAAAGGAGACUAUGGAGGAGCAAGAACAAACUUUGCACUGUGAAAUACAAUUGAUUCGUGACCAGAUGAGUGGAGAACAUGAAGAACGAGUGAGCAUGGAAGAUAAUCUCACUCAGGAACUGAACAGCCUGAAGAUACACCUUCAUAAAUGUGAAAGGGAGCGUGAUAAAUACAAGGUCACAUAUGAAGGACUUGAGAAAUUAGUAAAAAGUAGUCAGCAAACAGCAACAGAAUUUGAAACUCAGCUUACGGAUGUUCUCAAAGUAAAGAAACAACUGGAAGAACAAGUAGCUGAGUUGAAGAGCCGUGUAGGUUCAUUGCAGCAGGAGUUAGAUAACAGUGAGGCAGUGCAGAAGGACUUUGUACGGCUUUCUCAGUCUCUUCAAGUUCAAUUAGAAAGGAUCCGUGAAGCAGACACUCAAGUCAGGUGGCAGCAUGAUGAGGACAUAGAAGAGUGUCAAGGCUGUAGAACUGGAUUUUUCUUUCCACGUAGUAAGCAACAUUGCCGUCAUUGUGGACGUAUCUUUUGCAUCAACUGUCUGUCCCAUACAGUACACAGUGGACCUAACCAACGUCCCUCUAAAGUUUGUGAUGUCUGUCACACAUUACUUGUGCGAGACACUGCCCCAUAUUUCAGCACUGAACCACCACAUACACCAGAUUAAUUUCUUUAUGUGAAGAUUCUUCUCUUAAGAAGGUUGUCUAUUUCUAGUUUUGUAUCAUAUAUAUACAUAUUCAGUAUACUAAAAUACCUUUAGUUUUUUAAAGUUUUUUUUCUUUUCAGUUUAUUGAUGACAGCUUGUUGAAUAGUUCAUAUUUCCACAUGACACUGAAGUCUGGACAGCAUCUUUAAAGGGGUGCUUUCUAACAGGUGUAAUUCUCUUAAAAUAUGAAUAAUGUACCUUUGAUGAAUAUAAAUACACUCUGACCACAUAGAAUUUUGGCUUGUAACAUCUGUUUAUUUUGGAAGAAACUUCUUGCAUUCAUAGUAGAUGUGAGGAUAGCUGGGAGAAAAACAGGCCUGCAGAGAAGAAACCACCCAGUGAUGUGCUUAGAAUCAUGAUGAAGUUCGUACAGGUUGUACUAGGUCACUAUAUUACUGAUUUAUGAGAAGCAUAUUGUAAAGAUGGAAUGCUUCAUGCAAAUUUGUGUUAAAUAGGUUCAAAUUGUUCUUAUACAAGAAUACAUGAUGUAAUUUUUUAAAUGAAAUGGUAAUACAGAACUACUUUUGAAUUUUGGAGCUAUUCCCAUUUUGCCACAAACACUAAAGUUGUAAAGUUGUGGCCAUGAUCCUGAACUGAGUAGGAAGUUGUGAUUUUGUUCAGAGCAGAACAGAGGUGGGUAUCAUAAUGUACAGAGAAGCGGUUGUUUCAAGAACCAUCUAGUAACGAGAGAUUUUUGUCACCUAAGAAUGCUUUCUUUUGCUUCUUCAGCACAUAUAUCACUGGUUCACAUUUAUAUAAUCCGUCCGGCACCACAUUUAUUUUUCACAAAUUAUGCUUCCUAUUACAGCUAAAGACUACCAUUGUUGGCUUUGUAUGUAUGUUAGUGGCAAAUGCUUUGAUCUGGCUAGUAGUGUACUGCCAGAUGAAUAAAACUGGUUGAAUAUGAAAGUACUGUUUUACUAUUUAAAACAGUAUUGGCAUAAUAAGAACUAUAAAAUACUUUAGCACUUUGGUAUGAUUGUUGGGGUUGUUUAAUAUUGCAUUUCUGCAUGACCUGACUUCUAGCCAGUAUUUGCCAUUGGUGUAUGUAUUCUUGACUGAAUGUCAGACGUUUCUUCCAAGAAAUGUUGUGUAACAGUGCAGAAUAAUUCAAUUAAUUGGUGUUACGAUGAAAAUUUAAAACUCAUAAAAAAGUUUGUCUAUAAACUGGCUUUAUA